AUGCACCGCACCAUCGCCCACAUCCAGCGCAGGGCCAGCGUCGCCGGGCGGCGCACCGCGUGCCACGCGCGUGCGCUGUCCGCGUCCGCCCUCGCACCCGAAGGACACCACGACGCCUCCGACCCGUCUCUGCUGCUCGACUCUUCCCUCAAGACGACCGCGCGCGCACAAAAGCCGUCCCACGCGGUGCCGUUGCGUGGCGAGGGCUCGCACGGCAGCCACGCGCGACAGAUAGCGCAGUCCCUGCGCCGACACGCGCCCGCCCGCCCCGUCGUGUUCAGCCCCUCGCCGUCGUCGUCCGGGCAGGACCCAGCCCCAAACCCAGAGCCAGAGAACAACGGCGACGGCGAGAUUUCCGACCAGGAGUGGGAGAUCCGCACAGGCCGCGCGAUCUGGAUACUGCAGCAGACGCUCCCCGCGUUCUUCCACACCGGGCUCGUCACCUCGCUCGAGACGCCCCUCGUCGCGCGGCCGCCCGCGUCCGAGUCCCCCGAGGGCGCGGAGAGGGGGACGGCGGAUCCGCACUGCGGGGGGCGCCCCGCGCGGCCGGACGGCGACUCGGAGAGCAUAUACAGCCGCGCGGUCCGCCUCGCGUACACCCCGCCGCACGCGCUGCCCCCGCCGUUCCCGCGCACGCUGACGCUCGAAGGCUCCGCGCUGUACCUCGCGUCGUCCGCGUUCGUGCGCCACACGCUGAACGCGCUCUACACAGACCUCACCGUGCGCACCACGCGCGUGCGCGUCCUCGGGCCCGGGUCCUCGUCCGGCGGGGAGCAGGACCCGCACGGCAGGGCCCCGCGCGCGCCGCAGAAGCAGCGCGCCCUGCGCGAGAAGAGCCUCUUCCUCGGGCUCAGCGUGUCGGGCGUCGCGCGGGUGAGCGGCGCGCGCGGCGGGUGGGACGUGAACUCGACGUACACGUUCUCCCCGCAGACGGGCCUCAUCCACCUGCACCAGAUCGACUCCAUCGAGCCCGCGCCGACGCAGGCUGUGUUCGACGCGCUCCGCGCCGCGCUCGCCAAGCUCGGGCUCGCGGGCGCGGACGACGGCGCGCAGGCCCCCGGGGCGCCGGGUGCGGCACGGGCGCAGCCUAUCCCUGCGUCUGUCCGGGCGGCGUCGUCAUGA